UUCUCUCUCUUUUUCGCUGGGCUUUUUUUUUGCGGCACAGCCGGACUGAUGGCUACCGCGGGCGGCCACGCUUCCAGCUGCAGCCCGGCCGGAGAAGCGGAGCGGCCUCACCCGCGGCCCUUCCUCAUCGGGGUGAGCGGGGGCACCGCCAGCGGCAAGUCCACAGUAUGUGAGAAGAUCAUGGAACUGCUGGGCCAAAACGAAGUUGAUCAUCGUCAACGGAAGGUUGUCAUUCUCAGCCAAGAUCGGUUCUACAAGGUGCUCACCCCAGAACAGAAAGCCAGGGCCUUAAAGGGACAAUAUAACUUCGACCAUCCAGAUGCUUUUGAUAACGAUUUGAUGGAAACGACGUUGAAGAACAUAAUCGACGGUCAAACAGUGGAGGUCCCAACUUACGAUUUUGUGACCCAUUCCAGAUUGCCCGAGACCACGAUGGUCUACCCUGCUGACGUGCUGCUGUUUGAAGGGAUCUUAGUCUUCUACAGUCAAGAUAUCCGAGAUAUGUUUCAUCUUCGGCUAUUUGUCGACACCGAUUCAGACGUCAGAUUGUCUCGCAGAGUCCUUCGCGAUAUGAAACGGGGGAGGGAUCUGGAACAGAUUUUGACUCAAUAUACGACGUUUGUCAAGCCUGCCUUUGAAGAAUUUUGUUUGCCGACAAAGAAAUAUGCGGACGUCAUUAUUCCUCGAGGCGUGGAUAAUAUGGUGGCCAUCAACCUGAUCGUCCAACACAUCCAGGACAUUCUCAGCGGGGACCUCUGCAAAUGGAACCGGGGCGCCAUGAACGGACACGGCCGUUCGUCCAAGAGGCCCUUCCCCGAGCAAGCGGACAGCCUCCCUCUCCUGGCGCCUGGAAAACGGUCACACCUGGAAUCCAGCAGCCGCCCUCACUGACCGCUUGGGAAGCUUGGAACCUGCUUCCGGCCCAGCUGGACUUUGCAAACGUUCGGGGGGGAGGGGGCGUGUCUUUAAGAAGACCCGCCUUUAUUUCGAAGGGGGUGGAGUGUUAGCCUUUCUUCCCCCAAACAGUAUCUGAGCAAGCCCCGGUUUGUGCCGAAAUCCCAGAAUAUGCCAUGUGAGUGGGCCUUUCCUCCCUCUUUUCCUUCUUCCCUUCCUUCCUCCCUACACUUUUUUCAUCCUUAAGUCUUUGCUUUCCUUUCUUCAUUUAUUCUUCCUCCCUUCUCUUCUUUAUUCCUCUUCCUUCCAUUCAUUCAUUCAUUCGAUCAUUUCUUCCUUUCAUUUUCCUUCUUUUCUCCUUUUCAUUCCUUUAAUUUCUUUCGUUUUCCUUCCUUCCUACCUCUCUUUCUUUUCUUUUCUUUCUUUCCAUCCUUAAUUCUUUCCUUUCUUCCUCAUUUAUCCUUCCUCCCUUCUCUUCUUUAUUCCUCCUCCUUUCAUUCAUUCAUUCAUUUGAUCAUUUCUACCUUUCAUUUCUUUUUUCCCUUCCUUCCUCCUCCUUUUUUUUCAUUUUUCUUUCAUUUCUUUUCUUUUUUCCUUCCUUCCUACCUCUUUCUUUAUUUUCUUUCUUUCCAUCCUUAAUUCUUUUUUCUUCCUCAUUUAUUCUUCCUCCCUUCUCUUCUUUAUUCCUCCUCCUUUCAUUCAUUCAUUCAUUUGAUCAUUUCUUCCUUUCAUUUAUUUUUUCCCUUCCUUCCUCUUCUUUUCUUUCAUUUCUUUCUCUUUCCUUCCUUCCUUCCUUCCUUCCUUUUUCUUUCUUUCAUCUCUUUCUCUCUCUUUCCUUUCUUCUCCCU